GUCACGGGGGGAGGGGGGGCUUUGCGUGAAGGGCGUGGUGAUGUGUGAGUGCUCCAGUCUGCGGUCCACCGCCAAAUUCAAAUAGUGAAAGAAAGAAACCGCAGCGAAAGGCUUCUGAAACAGAGAGGAGAGACACAUUUAUACACUCUUAAAGAUAAGCUCAGUCAGUCUUCAGUGAUGGACGGUGUUGGCAGAGCUGUGGUGGGAGUCUGGCGGCAACAUACAGUCCUGGAUGAGUCUGAUGGGGCGGAGAGCUCCCCAGAGGCCCCAGACCGUUUCCGCAAGCUUCGCUCCUCAUCAUCACUUAACUCUCUGCGAAUGUCACUUCGCAAGCGCCUCCCACUGCGCUCUGUCCAGACCAACUCCCUCCCAGAGAAUCCGACUUGGGAAACGGCAAAGGAGCAACCAAAACCCAAUGCAGUCCGCAAACUGACUCGCGGGGCUCGCAACUCCAUCAGUGGAGUAUAUCAGAGGAUACAGAGAGAGUUUUCACGCGAGGAGUGUUUGGUAGAAACCCCCGGUCGGACGUGUGAUGGAGAAGAAGCUGGUGCCUCGAAGUCCCGCACCCCAAGACGUACGCCCAGUCGAGCCGCAACGCCCAGACGCACCCCCAGAUCAACUGUCACACCCGGACGUACCCCAGGCUCCAGGGGGCGAAGGACUCCUGAGGCUGGCAUACGGGGGGUGAAAACAGGAGGUGGAAGGAGGCAGCUGGUUCGCAUGGCUGCAUUACGAAGUCCCUUUGCCUCCCCCAACACACAGAGUCAGAGGCUAAAAUUUGAUCAAGAUUUGGAUUCUGUGUCCAGUGGACUCAGGAGGCUCAAACAUCUGUCCAGAGCCUUUGAUGACUUAAUUGGCAGAGAUGACGGACGGUUCAACUAUUCCCUAAUUGUGGAGUAGGGAAGAAGAACCAGGACAAAGGAUCAUUCUGGAGGAGCAGUGAUGAGAAAGUUGGACCCCAGUGGUAAACUCAGCCGCUCAAACCUCACACGUCGAGCCAUGAACCUCUCAAACAGAGUGGGAGGUUGGGCCCACACAGCUGUGAACACUAUCCGCAAACCCAACUGAGCUACAUGCAUGUGUGUAUGUCAAACACAGGACCUUCUGUAGCCAUGUUAUCAUAAUCGAGGUAUUACUGUUACAUUUACACGUAGUGUUGUCAUGAUUCUGGGAGAUUGAUGACAUGACAGCUUGUCUUCUUUAUAUCUAUACUGUGUGUAAUUAGCAAUACUCAAGUAUUUCUCGUGUGUUUACACGUCUCAGGUUAGCUAGUUGUGGGUUAAAUAUCCUCAUUGUAGCUACCAAAGGGAUUUCUAUAUCAUGGUGUAUGUACCUGUCAUAGCUGCUACAACCAAAUGUUUUAGUAACAUUUUCACUAUACUAAUUUUGUAGUUUGUAUUCUUGCUCUCUGCACAGAAAACUUUUGCUCUUUUCUGGAGUUUUACUUUUAAAGAAAUGCUGCAUGAGACCAAAUUGUAUCUGCAGAACUAACACUCAAUUUACUGACGUCGGGGAGAUUAAGUCUCCUCUGUUUUAUAUGUAUGCAAUAUUGUUACUCACAUUGUUUAUACAUUUUUUUUAUGUCAUUUGAUUAUGCCAAAUUGUUACGUGUAUUUUCUAUGAAAGGGGACUUUUUUUAUACAAAUAGUUGAGGCAGGAUAUGAUUGGGUGGGAGCCUGGCACUUUUAAUGGCCUGUGAAUGAUUUAUGCACCAAUACUGUAUACAUAAAUCAUUUGAUAAUGUGAUGUGGGAAGAUGUAACGACUCAUUACCUGAUGACAUCGAUAAUGAUGUUAUAAAGCUAUAUCCAGCUGGUUAUUAGCAUAGUGACUGUCAAACUAACUGCCCCCAAUGAAGCAAAACAUACUUCUCUGUCAUGUCAAUGUAUUGGUAACCCCUCCUCUGCAGUGGGAAAGGGGAAGGGAGACACUGAAUAAAUGUGAGGAAAAAAAAAAUGUAAACAAUAAAAUCUGUUACCUUCAACAAC